AUGGGGUCUGUUGGAACAGGUACGCGAAAUAAGGUCUCUGGAGGGGAGGAGGAGGAGACGAUCAAUGUCUUGAUCACCGGCUUUGCUCCCUUCCGCACCAACUUCCCCAUCAACCCCUCCUGGGAAAUCGCCAAAUCCCUCCCCGAGUACCUCCCACCCCCACCAACCCCCUUCAAAGGCAUCCCGGGCCACGUCCCUCCCCCCGGCACCGCCACAGGAACCAUCCCCACAAAUCCCACCAACCCCCCAAUCCCCCUCCCCAAAGUCCGCCUCCUGGUGCACCCCUCCCCCAUCCACGUAGGCUACCGCGCAGUCCGCAACCUCGUCCCCUCCCUCUGGCACCUCGACUCUCCCUCCACCCCCAAAAUCGACCUAGCAGUCCACAUCGGCAUGGCCGGCCCAAGAGGCUUCUACUCCAUCGAGCGCCGGGCCCACAAAUCAAACUACACCAUGGGCGACGUAGACAACAACCUCCUCUCCGACCUCGACGACGAAUCCGCCCCCCACCCAUGGCAAGACCUCCCGGAAGAGCUCCUCUCCGACCUCGACAUGGAAGACGUCUUGCAAAGAUGGAGAGACCACUCCCCGCCCUACUCCGACUUGAGAAUAUCCGAAGAUGCCGGGCACUACCUCUGCGAUUUCAUCUACUACAGCAGUCUGGCGCAUCUGGUCAAGAAUAACCCUCACGAAAGGAAGAGGGUCGUCUUCUUGCAUGUGCCUAGCGAGGCUAGCCCCGCGUGGGUCAAGGUCGGGAGGGAGUUGUGUCUCAGUUUGGUGAGGGGGAUGGCGGAGAGUGAGGUUGUUAGGAGGGAAAGGGGGUUGAAGGUGGAGGACCACCAGGAAGAAGUGGGGGAGUUGUAA